AUGUUUUUGAUAACUGAAGGAGAUGGAGCUAACAGUUAUGAAGGAAUCGAUCUCAGCAAUCCUGAUAUCUGCAAACAUGUUUUAUGUGUCCAAGGUGAACUUAAGACUGCUUCGCAUCAUAAUGGUAAUGUCUUUUGGAAAAUGAUCAAGUGGUAUCAACAGAUCGGUAACUUACAUAUUGUUGCUUUUAUUACAUAUGGCUACAAGGAUGUAUGGGAUCAUACAUCUGCAACUCGUACAAUAGAUGUGUCACCUUUUGUGGUUCCUAGAGAGAAUAUAUGGAGUAUAAAAGAUGUGCACUUCACUAAAGACGAAUAUGAAGAUUACUUUUUAUGCUUUUGCAAAAAAUAA